AUGAAAGGAACCUGAUCCAGAGCAAGUUCGUGCCGCCAAGUAGGCAGCAAACUCGAAUAAUCACCUGCAACUAGUUCGUUAGCAAACCGUAGCUAAAUCUCUAUGCAAAUCACAUCGCUGCGAGUGAAUGAAAUCAAGAAAAUUUGAAAACAAAACAGAAGGAAUGUCACAGGAAAAGGGAGAAUAAAAUGAGAUUAUGUGAGCGAAUUGCAAAUUUAUAAACCGCUUUUGAAAAGACUACGUCGUAUCGCGUGAUGAAAGGAUCGUAUGCGGAAUGAGGUGAAAACUGCGUAGAAUACAUAACGUUGACCUGUCGUGUCAACGUCCGAGAUGCAUUCGUAGUUGAGGUGCAUUAUCGGCAUGCUUUGCUUACAGAGGAAUCUCGCGAAAUAAAAACUGUCCAAGAUAUGUCGCCGCCAUUGCUCGUGACGAACGCGCGCGACGAAUGAAGAUUUUCGCGGGUAAAAAUAAUAAUAAUAAAGGAUACGAGCAGCAUGCCGGUCGCGGGAACGAGGAGAUUAUGCAGAAUGGGACUCGUCGCGGUCUUGGUCACCGCGUUGUGCAUCCUGACUCUGCUGGACUCGCCGCCAGCACGACUCCCGGAUCCACCGACCGAUCCUCCUCCCACGCCUGGGGGUGAACCGCCAGGUACAAGAAGCAUCGUCGCUUAUUCGUGGGCCCGAAGAUUGGCACUCGAUUACAGGCCCACCAAGCAGUGCGACAGUAAUGGUACACGCGGAAUGGCGUUAAACGCGUACAAGCUGCCCGGCACGAAAUGGCUCGAGACAAUCCCGGGACAGCUCUUCCUAUACAGCGCCCACUUGGACCUCAGAAUCGCCGGUUACCCGAGCAUCAGAGUGAUUGGCGUUAAACGAGGAGUCCUGCCGUCCUCCGCGCUCUUCUGCACUAUAUGGUACUGGGAAAACGAGAGGAUGCUAUCGUUGAGCGUGGAAGCGCUCAUCUCGACGAUCUGGUUGGACGAAUGGGGUGAAACGGUGGACAAUUACAUCGGAAUCCUCGUGAAUUGUCAAUUGCCGUUAGACGGUUCGAUACGCCAUACAUCUCGGGUUCAUGUAAGUCUGAGUUCUUGCUACGAGAAUGCUAGUCAUAGUUUAACGAUUCGCUCGGAAUUCGGUGACGAGACUUUUAUCGACCGGAAGAGGCGCCAGCAGUUCACUCUGUGCAUUAAAGGAUUGGACUUCGACGAAGAUAUAUCGCAUAAACUAAUAGCUUUCGUCGAGCUACAUCGUAUUCUAGGUGCUCAAUUCUUCUACUUCUACGUAUUCAACGUGCACGAGAAUGUACUCAAAGUGCUACGCUUAUACGAACGAUCGAACGUGGUGCGAUGGUUCACGCUUGACCUGCCGGGUGAUUUGCCAAACGAGAAGACGGCCCGAAGGCGAUUCUUCAACGAGGACAUCUGGACGAAGAGGCGAAUGGAGUUGAUCCCAUACAAUCACUGCUUCUAUGAAAAUAUUUACCAUUCGGAGUUUGUGGUGCCAAUCGACAUCGAUGAAGCGAUUGUGCCGACGCGCCGGAAGACCUGGCACGAAUUGUUGCUAGACGAACGCGCGAAGCUCGGCAGAAGCUUCAAAGACUUCGCCUCGUAUUCUGUACGGAACGCCUAUUUCUUUCCCGAGCUGCAAAAUAAGAAUCAAACCGAUCGGUCGGCCGGACUGGAUGAGAAGCUCCGUCGCUCGGUCGAGUAUACAGACUAUCUGGAUACCAUGAGGACGGCCAGUAUUUCGCCCGAGGGCGACUCGGUGAAAAGUUUCGUCUCCACGAAGCGCGCGUUAACGGUGCACAAUCACUAUGCUUUAACCACGCUGAACCCGUCUACUAGACGGGCUCAUCAUCUGGACUCAAACGACGUGCUCAAGCACCAUCACCGAGCUUGCGACAGCCGACAUCUCGAUUGCGAUCUCUUAAUGGAGGACGUUAGGAUCGACGAAUCCGCUUUACGCUAUGCGAACGAGCUGAAAACGAGGAUGAAGAUUGCUUUAGCUGAUCUCGAUGCGUUGUCAUAGAUUAGUUGUAAAUAAUAAAAAUUCUUUUUGAAA